UCAACUCACCUACAUCCUCCUUUCCACAUUUGCUAGGGUCUGGGUAUGGUUGUGGCUCAUGUGUUCCAAACCAUAUCCGUGUCAGGAAAGACGAGACUUCUGGAAAUUCUGUCAUGGGUGAUUUGUAAACUUAAGCGUCCUUGAUUUAUCUAGUCUAUAAACCCACAUGUUUACUAAUCGGAUUUGUUUCAAGGAACAUUCUGUGUCCUAAGGAUAUGGAUCUCUCAUUUUCAGCAGAUUCCUCUACUUAGAACCUCUUUGCUCCUAAGUGGAAAGAAUAUGAAAAUGGAGCCAAAAAAAAAAUGGGUUUAAAUGAAUUAAAGUUCUCAUAGCUCUUUCCACAAUUCCCUACUAGGGCAAUAUACCACAGCUAAAAAGACUUUGCCGAUGGUGGACUGUUUGGGCUAUCUUUUGUGUAUUAAUAAAAAAAAGAAAAAGACAUCGAGUUUGGGUCUCUUUGGAAAACCAGAUGCAAAUUAGCCCCUGGAUCCCAGGGGCUGUUAGGAAAGCAGAGGAAGGAACGGUGGGCACCUUCCCAUUGGCUGGGGGGCACUCACCCAGAUGUCUGGCUUCCACAUAAAAGAGAGGAACCACUGCAGUCAGCUCCCACUUCCAGUUAAAGGACGACAGCAAAAACAGCCAAAAAAGGAAGAUGGCCAGACUAUUAUUAUUUUCCCUCCCAGGUCUUGUGGCCAUAUGUGCCGUGCAUGGAAUAUUUAUGGACAGACUUGCUUCCAAGAAGCUCUGUGCAGAUGACGAGUGCGUGUACACUAUUUCUCUGGCCCGAGCUCGAGAAGAUUACAAUGCCCCAGACUGCAGGUUCAUUAAUGUUAAAAAAGGACAGCAGAUUUACAUUUACUCAAAGCUGGUGCAAGAAAAUGGAGCUGGAGAAUUCUGGGCUGGCAGUGUUUAUGGAGAUGACUGUGAGGAUGAGAUGGGCACCCUGGGCUAUUUCCCCAGCAGCUUGGUCGAGGAGCAACACGUGUACCAAGAUGCCACCAAGGAAGUCCCCACCACGGAUAUUGACUUCUUCUGUGAGUAAGAAAUUAGACCUGCAAAUAAAAAGGAAACACCAAAAAAUAUAAACAGUGAAAUAACAAUAACAACAAAAAAUAUGUGUCCCUAAUUCUUGACUUUUGAUUCAAGGCUUUUUUUAUCCUUACAGGAGGGCUGAGUCUUGGGGGCCAGUGGUGGUAGAUAAAGGAGUAAAUUCUGUUCAGUUCUCUGCUGGCCUGGUCUUCCCACCACCUGGAAGGCAGGGCGAUGUUUGGCUCAAGGGGGAGAAUUGAAAGCAGAAAUUCUUUUUCAGCCUAGAGAAUCCUCUCUUACACAGGAAUGCAUACAGAAGACGGUUCAUUUGUAUUACUUCUUCACUGUAAUUCUUGCCAGUUCUUUGGCUCCUUAUAGAAACUUGGUAGGUGACAGGUCUUACUUGGGACAUGCUGUUUUCUAAUUAUUUGUCUUACUGGCCAUUGGGAGUGUUAUAAUGUACCCAAAGAGGCUAUAUCCUCAAGGAAUAUGCCAGGAUUAUUGUUACUUUUAAUAUUUGAUGCCUUUGAGAUGUGAAGCUGGUGCGAGUGGACGAGUUUUUUGGACUCAGAGAUAUUGGACUCUGCCUCUUUCUCUUUACUUUUAAGUAAGUAUGUGUGUCUGUAAUGAGGGAGGCGCAGCUUAUGAAAUAUUUGUAAUGGGAUAGUUUCCCCUUUGUGAGUGCUGUUACUGCAAACAUUCGAGCUUCCAAUCAAGAGACAGGAGGAAAACGUCUGUGGGUUAUUUUUCCUCUUCUCUUUCAACUUCGAAUUUCCUCUUCCUGUGCAAAGUCCCCGAGUCAAGGAUGAUGUGGGAAGAAAUCUGGUGAGGGGGAUUGGUGGUCCCAAUGGACGUACAAGUUUCUCUACAUUUAAUUGGAAAUUUACUUUGAUUGUUCAUUCCUAAUAUAAUUCUUUUGAUGUAGUCAUGAGUCUGUUUACAUGUAAUUAA